AAGUCUUCAUUUGAAGGAGCACACUGAUGACUUUUGUUUUGUAAUACGAGGCAUUUGUCAAGAUAACGGCUUAACCUUGACGGAAAAUGACAGAAGUGAAUUCUGCUGAGCUCAUCUUUAUCUGUUUCAUGCUGCUUCACGGUUUUGCAGCAGCAUUGAACUGCACCAGCCCUACACCUGAAUCCUUGUUUGGUGAACUUGAGAAGGAUCUAUUCCCUAAAAAACUACUGCGACCUGUUAAUAGUUUUUCAAGUCCACUUAACAUAACCAUUAGUAUCACUGUGGUGGGAAUAGUAGGAGUGGAGGAAAAAUCCCAAUCACUGACAACACUCAUAUGGCAAGUUCUGGAGUGGAAUAUAGAGGGACUGAGCUGGGAUGACAAGGAAUGUGGAACCUCAAGAGUCUCUGUCCCACGAGAGAAGCUUUGGAUCCCAGACAUCCACAUUGCAGAGUUCAUGACUGAGGACAAAUCUCACAAAACUCCCUAUGUCUACAUUAACAACACAGGUCAUGUAUUUGAUGAUAAACCGAUCGCAGUGAUCAGCUCCUGCAUAUUGAAUAUCUACAGUUUCCCCUUUGAUAUCCAAAACUGCUCACUGACCUUUGGAUCCUAUCUACACUUUAAUACAGACAUCAGGAUGGUUCAAGGCUCUUCAUCUGAAGAGAUCCUGAAGGAGUCCCUAGAGGUUUCGAAGACCAACGGGGAGUGGGCGCUCAUAGGGGUCCAUGUAAAUCCUGACGCCCAACUGGUGUUAAGUGAGGGAAGCUACUCAGAGAUCAAAUACUAUAUCAUUUUGAGACGUCGGCCAACCCUCUAUGUGGUGAACCUGCUGAUCCCCAGCUGCUUCCUCAUCACAGUGGACCUCUUCAGCUUCAUGCUGCCCCCCCACAGUGUGGACAGAUCCUCCUUCAAGAUGACCCUCAUCCUGGGAUACACCGUCUUCCUGCUCAUCAUGAAUGACCUGCUGCCAACCACUGGGGAGAUUACACCUCUCAUCAAUGUUUUCUUCUCCCUCAGUCUCGCUCUGAUGGUGGCCAGCCUGUUGGAGACGGUGUUGAUCACUUAUGUGCAUUUCAGCUCGAGUCAGUACAGUGCGGUCCCUCACUGGCUCAGUGUCAUCGUGCUGCGAUAUCUAGCUGUCGUUGUCUGUCUCCCUCCAAAGAAAAAGAGCAACAGAGUCACUGUCGUCCUCUCUCCUGCUAAAGAAAAAGAAAAGGAUUUCAGCUUCAACAACAUCUCAGCGAUUCAUCUUCAGCGCGCCCCUGGUGAAACAUCUCCAGAGAAACAGCCUGUGGAGCCGGCCCUGGAAGAACUGAGGAAGCUGAGCAGAGAUCUCUUGGCCAUCCGCUUCCAGGUGGACAAACACUUCCAGGGGAGCACCUCCUCUCAGGAAUGGCAAAUGAUCGGGAUAGUCAUCGACCGUCUGCUGUUCGGCUUGUACCUCGUCUUCAUCAUUGUCAGCUUCAUCACUAUUAUAUGUAUCUGGAGCAGGAGCAGCUAUACAGUAUGAUUAACCUUUUUUUUUGUACAGGCUAAAGACACAAACAUGGACAUAACAAUAACAUAUAGAAGAUGACAUUCCCAUCUCAGACAAAAACAAAACAAAAGCAGAAGAAAUAAAGAUACAGUCAGUAGGAUCACUUCAACAUUUCACAAACAAAAAUAGGUUGACAACCAAAUACCACCAAAAACAACAUGGCAAGCAUAUUUAUUGUUCCUUUAAUCCCACUCUUCGAUAGAGCUAAUUAUUUCCCAUUUCAUUGCGUGGUGAGCCACCCUUUGAUUUUUUGUAGCAAUCAUUUUUUCCAAAAAUAAAAUCUUUUCUACUGGAUUUACAACGUGUCACAUGUUCUGAAUUGACCAAUCAGAACUUUAUGUGGGCCGCGAAAAAAUGUUUGAUUCUAAAAGGUGGGGUAGGUAAUUCACUUCAGAAACACUUUUUGUUAUAUUCCAUGGAAUGCUCUUAACAUCCCG